AUGGUCCAGUAUAUCUUUACUCCCUGGCGCGACCGCCAGGAGCUGCUCCUUGUGCGCGACCAGCUCUACGCCCACAAACGCGACGAACUGCCAGCGCCGCCGUCGCCCAACGAUGAUGAUACCCGUCGUGCCCAGCAGAACCUCGCCGUCGCCCGCAUAUCCAUGUGGGUGCAGCGAGGCAGCUGCCCGCACAUGGUGGAGUCGACCGCCCUGCUCUUCGCCGCCGUUCUCAGCGACGAGCUGGCCGCCACCCAGAGCGCGGGUUCCUCCACCUACGCUGUCCGCGCUGCUUACUCGGCCGCCUUUAGUCGAUUCGUCACCGGUCUCCUUGACGGCCACCAGGACAAGCUCCGUAAGCAGAGCAUGUAUUCCAUCGCCAAGGUAAUCGGCUUACCGGCCACCUUUGUCGAGUUACGGCACCAAGUCACCCACGAGCAGCUGCCCUCUCUCGCCCAGUUGCGCCCCGCUGCGCACAUGGCUCUUGACUGGAUCUGGGACUAUUACUGGAAGCAGCUUGAUCAACAUAACGAGCCUACCUCGCAGGAAUCCUGCAAAGAGGCGGUGCUCAAAUAUCUGCGCGAAGAGGACGAGCAACGGAGACAAGCGAUGAUUGCGCGAGCGCUGCGCAGGUGGGACAUGGACAAGCUCAUGGCCACCAUCAAAGACCUACAGGCGACGCUGCCUGGAAAUCAGGUAUAUUUAAAAUGCAUGAAGCUGAAGCAGGAGCUCAUCGCCUCCCAAUCGGCUGGGCAGCCGGCACCCGUUGUUGCCGAAGCCGAAGCCGUUCCGCAAGAAUCGGAACCGACAGCAUCUGAAGCGGACGGUGCUCAGGAAGAAGAAUCGGACGACAACGAUACCGGAUGGUCUAAACACAAAGGGCAGUGGAAACCGAAGCCAAUUGGCAUUGUGUGA